AUGUCUCCCGAGGAGGAGGAGGACUCCUCCCCAGAACCGACGCUUGCUGCUGCUACUGCUGGUGCUGCAUGCCAUCCGCCGCCGCCGCCGCCGCCUGCGGCCCUUCUGCAACAUAUCAACGUAUAUCAUGUUGCAAUAUCUUGGUGUCCUGGCGAGCCCCUACCCUCAUCAUCCUCCUCCCGCCCCGCAUCUCCCCCUGGCCCCCAGCCAAGCCCCCACACCGUAUCUCCAAAGCGGGUGAUUGAGGCAAUUGGCGAAGGGCCGCCGUUGCUUCUGCUACCAACUAUGGAACAGUCGUUAUCUCUUCCCCCGUCGGCUUUUUCCUUUACUCCUUAUCCUUAUACCUGCUGUCUCCUUCCUCAUCCUCCUCCUACUCCUUUACCCCUUUACUUCCACCUUCUUCUUGCUCCUCCUCCUCCUCCUCCUCCUCCUCUAUGCUUUCAUCUUCUUCCUCCUCACCCUCCUCCUCUUCCUCCACCUCCUUCUCCUACUCCGCCUCCUCCUUUACCCCUGUACUUCCUCCCUCCUCCUCCUCCUCCCCCUCCCACUACCGAUUUCCCCUCUACUUCCUUCUUCUCCCUCCUCCCCCUUUGCACCCUACUUUCUCCUCCUCCUGUUCCACCUCAUCUUCUUCCUCCUACUUUUCCCCCUCCUCCUCCUCCUACUACUAUCCGUUUACCCUUCUACUUCAUCCUUUUCCUCCUCCUCCUCCUCUUCCCCUCUUACCCCUUUACCCUUCUACCUCCUCCUCCUCCUCCUCCUCCUCCUCCUCCUGCUCCUCCUCCCUACCCUUUACCAUCCCAUCCCUCCUCCUCCUACUACUACUACUACCCGUUUACUAUUCUACCUCCUCCUCCUCCUCCUACUAAGUACUACUACUACUACUACUACCCCCCGUUUACCCUUCUACCUCCUCCUCCUCCUCCUCCCCCUACUACUACUACUACUAAUACCGGGCGCAAUGCAUCUGUCAACCUGCAUUAUGCUGACCACAAUGCAGGUGGCUGUCAGGGACCUCCGGAAGAAACGCCAAGUGCAGUUAGGUAUAUGGUCAGUGAUCGCCUCUCCGCUUUUCGUCCCCGACACGCUUCCCCCAGCAAGGCGCCCUUAGGUCCGAGGUCCAUUCGAGAUCACCACAAGCAACGGGAUGGUCAGUGCUCUGGGGCCCUUCAGAGGGUAUUCAAUGCCCUUUCUGUGGUGCUGCUGCUGCUGCUGGUCUGUGUUGUCCAGUUUUUGUGA